UGUGUGUGUGUGUGUGUGUGUGUGUGUGUGUGCGCAUGUGUGUCAUAGUGAUCCGAGCCGCCGUGCCCUCCGCAACCCUGGAUUUCUUCAGCUCGUCAACGCAGGGCUCCUCCUCCUUCUCCUUCUCCAGGAUGGAGGAGCUGCUGAGUUGCUCGGUGUGCUGCGAACAGUACCAGGAGAAGCACCGUCAUCCUGUGGUGCUGCCCCGCUGUGGUCACUCCUUCUGCCGCCCCUGCAUAGCCUUCCUCGUCAAGAAUGGCUGCGUCAUCUGCCCAAGCUGCCGCAUGGACCAGCGGGUGGAGACAGCUGACCACCUCCCGACGGAAUUCAGUCUCCUGGCCAUCACGAACGCCCAGAAGAUAACCAAGCUGGAGAUGUGCAGCCGCCAUGACGUGAAGCUGUCGUUCUGGUGCCGCAGCUGCUCUUCGCCUACCUGCGGGGAGUGUCUCUUUGAGGAGCACCCCACACACACCCACAAAGUUGUCAAGGCCACCACGCAUGUGGAGGAGAUGAAGACAGCCAUCAAGGGCAUCGCUGACAAGUUCUCCGACGCCCUGGAUCUGCGGGAGCGAUGGUACCACCAGCAGGUGCUCCAGGGCGCCAAGGCCAUCAGCGACGCCAUCCGCACCCUCAGCAUCCUGCGGCGGGACAUUGACGACGCCCGAGAGCUGGUGAAGGGCGUGCACGUGGUGGAGGGGAUCGGUCCGACCUCUGCCCUCGCCGAGGCCUCCAAGUGCCUGGGGCUGAAGUGGAACCUGAAGGGGUGCCAGCUGGAACUGACGGAGGGCGGCGGGCGGCAGCAGGAGAGGGAGGAAGGGAAGGGUGACGGCGAUGGGAAGGUUAAGGAAGUGGAGAACGGAGAGGAUGAGGAGGAGGAAGGAAAGGUCAACGAAGAGAAGAAUGAGGCAGGGAAAGAGACCCCCGCUGAGGCUCUCGCUGAGGAGGUGGAGAAGACAGACGAAGAGAAGAAGCCUGAGGCGGAGGAGAAGGAGAUUGACGAGCUGGAGGCGCUGACGGAGGAAGAGAAGAAGAAGCGGAGGAAACUUCUCCGUUUGAAGGAAAAGCUUGCCGCGGCCUCCGCCGCUGCCGAAGCGAGCAGAGACAAGGACAAGGCUGACCUGAAGCCCAAGGCGGAGAGGAGGAGUGCCAGGGAGAAAGGCGACAGGGAGGCGGAGGUGAGGAAAGAGAACAUCCCUGAGUCUGUCAAGUUCCUCGCUGCCGCUCUAGACAAGAAUCCCCGCACGGACCGUAAAGACGCCCGCGCUUCCCGCGAUCUCUCCACCUCCCCGCCAAAGGACGACGCCUCCGGCAAGGACGAACACGUGACCUCCAAGUCCGAAUUGGACACAGAAGCCGAGACUGAAGCCUCAAGGAAGGCAAAGAGGGAUGGCGACAGUGACCCCAACAAGGCAGCCCAGGCUUCCUUACUCACCAGGAUCGAACCGCUGCCCAGAACCAAGCCUGACCCGGCCUCUGUCCUCAAGAAGCCUAAGGCCAACACGGGCCUCAAGAAGUCCAAGACCGUGACCUUUAUGGUGCAGCCUGAGGACACCACAGCUGACGACGCCAAGGACGACCAGUCUGACGACAUCAGAGGGCUCGACCUGCAGGUGCCGAGGAUCAGCUGCAGCGACAACACGGACAACAAGGAGAAGGAGAAGGAGGAGAAAGAAAAAGAGGAGAAGGAGAAGGAGAAGGAGAAGGAGAAGGAGGAGGCGACAGGGACGGGAAGCAGUGAGGCACAGCAACGGGAGGAGCGGCAGGAGAGGAAGAAAAAAAGAGAGUCCAAGAAGAACAAGGAGAAGCUGUUCGAGAUGGAGCCUGAGGAGAAGGAAAGGAUUGCCACGGAACUCCUGCAGGUGCCCAGCCUGACCCUGGUGGUGGAGGGCAUCGGGGGCCGCCUCGCCUACGUCACCUGGGAAGCCAUGGGUAUGCACGUCUAUUGCCACCAGUACCACGAGCUGCCCUACGACCUGCUGCUUAAGUCGUCAGUGCUCCUGUCCCUGCUGCCCACUAAGGCGCCGCUGGUGUUCCUGGACAUUGGCACGGAACAGAAGGUGCUGGGCCGCGUGUACAUCAGCCUGUGGGGACACCUGCGACGUGCCAUGAACUUCCUACACCUGUGCCUGGGCGACCGGGGACCUUCCUUCAGAGACUCGAUGUUUCUGGAGGUGAUGAAUGCAGACUGCCCCGGCGAGAGGAUCAGAGGUGGUGACUAUGAGUGCAACAAUGGGCGGGGAGGCGAGGCGCUGCUGGAUGAUCUGGAGUCCGAGGAAGGCUACUCAAUGCCCAUGGAGGCGGGGAUGAUCACAGCAGGAGGACCCAACAGGAAGGAAGUGGGGGCACAGUUCUUCAUUUGCACAGAGGAUGACUUCGACAGGAGGUUCGCGUGUCCCUUCGGCCGCGUUGUCUCCGGCCUGCCUAUUGUGAAGGAGACGGUGUGGCUGGUGAUGACGAAGGAGGUUUAUAUAAGGGAGUGUGGCGUGGUGGUGGAGGCGGCGAGGAUAUGAGCAAGGACGAGGUGGUGGUGGUGGUGGAGAUGGUGGUAGUGGAAGGGGAGGUCAAGUGUGUGAUUUCUCCAGCAAAGGACAAUCUUGACCUUAUAAAGUGCCUAACUGUUGGUGCCUUUGGU